AUGCUAUCCGAACACUAUGAACCUUCAUUUCAGCAGGCAUGCUCAAUUUUUUCCGUACUCACAUAUCUCCUAUUGAUGUUCCUGAUUCUCACCAAGUCGCCGCCACAACUUGGAACGUACAAGUGGCUCAUGUUGUACACAUGCCUCUUUGAGCUAGUUUACACUUCCUUAGAUAUUUUUGUUGAGCCAGUAGGUUUUUCGGAAUCGUGUAAGAAUUAUGAGGAAGUUUUCAGACUGUCCGAACAUAUAAUUCGUCAUGCUACCUGUUUCAAGAUUUGAGCAUUUCCACUUUUGGACACGAGGCAACAUUGACUUACUGUUCAUUCUACGGGUCUGCAAUGUCGAUUUUCGCGAGUCAUUUCAUUUACCGAUAUGGUGCAGUUAACACAGAUUUCAAGCUGAAAUACAUUUCUGGAACAAAGCAGAGUAUCCUUUUCAUUGCUCCAAUAUUUACUGGAAUAGUUUGGGGGUUGUUCUGUUGGUUGAUUAUGGGCGAAUCUUCAACAAAAACUGCAUUUUUGAGGAAACAUUUUCAAGAAGAGUUUGGCUUAAAAAUCGAAGAAUGCGCUUACGUUGCGUAUUAUUUCUGGCCUGUUGAUGAGGACAGGGUUUCCUAUCCCGAUGCCAUGUCCUUUAUGGGUGUUGCCAUAAUGUUUCUGAUUGUCGGUUCUUCAUUUGUUGCGGUUGUUUAUUUUGGAAUCAAAUGCUAUCAGUAUAUAUCACAGCAACUUGGAAAUGUAUCCGCACAGUCACAGGCAACCAAGACUAUGCAAGUUCAACUUUUCUACUCUCUAAUCAUUCAAUCCGUGAUUCCUUCUUUCUUAAUGUAUUUGCCUGCUGGUAUUGUGUUUUCAAUUCCUAUUCUUUUUCCUAUUCUUAAUCUGGGUUAUGAUGUGAAAUUUUCGUUUAUUUCCUACACCAUUGCAAUCUACCCAGCAAUUGACCCACUUCCAACCAUUUUGAUGAUUAAGAGCUAUAGAAACGGUUUGAUUGAUCUAAUGAGGUGUCGCAAGAAGAAUCAAAUCACGGCUAGUUCUAACAAAAAUAUAUUCGUAACUUUCUAG